GGCAGUUUCGAGGAAUGUGAGUAGACUGUAAACAGAGCUCAGGUUCUGGCUAACUCUUUGCUAUUGUCGCUGCUGAAUUGAACACACUUAUGGCUUCACGAUAGGUUUCUGGAGAUUCAUAUGCUGUCACCAUGACCAAAGACAUAGUUGUUGGAGAUGAACUACCAGACUGGGUGGGGGCCAAGGAGUUUUACCAGAAAUAUGACCCCAAAGAGGUGAUUGGCAGGGGUGUGAGCAGUGUGGUGCGCAGGUGUGUGCACAGACACACGGGUCAGGAGCUGGCAGUGAAGAUUAUUGAGAUCACAGCGGAGAAGAUGACCGCUCAGCAGCUGGAGGAGGUGAAAACCUCGACCCUGAAGGAGAUCCAAGUCCUCAACAUGGUGAAGGAACACUCCUCAAUCAUUACUCUGAUUGAUUCCUAUGAGUCCACAACCUUCAUAUUUUUGGUGUUUGACCUCAUGAGGCGAGGAGAGCUGUUUGACUACCUCACAGAAAAAGUGACUCUGAGUGAGAAGGAAACCAGGAGCAUGGUGCGAGCUCUGCUGGAGGCCGUGCAGUACCUCCACUCCCUCAACAUCAUCCACCGGGACUUGAAACCUGAGAAUAUUCUCCUGGAUGAUCAGGGACACAUCAAACUAUCCGAUUUUGGAUUUUCAGUGCAGCUACAGCCUGGAGAGAAACUUAGAGAGCUUUGUGGCACACCUGGUUAUUUGGCCCCGGAAAUACUGAAAUGUUCAAUGGAUGAAAUGCACCUAGGCUAUGGCAAAGAGGUUGAUCUCUGGGCGUGUGGAGUGAUCCUUUUCACCUUACUGGCUGGCUCGCCACCAUUCUGGCAUCGCAAACAGAUGCUGAUGCUGAGGAUGAUCAUGGAGGGUCGCUAUCAGUUCAGCUCCCCAGAGUGGGACGACAGGUCUGACACUGUGAAAGACCUGAUUUCCAGGCUGCUGGUGGUGGACCCGACUGUCCGUCUCACUGCUGAGCAAGCCUUAGCGCAUCCCUUCUUCAGACUGUACCAGAAGGAGAAUGUGCGUCUCUUCAGUCCUAGAAAGACCUUUAGGGUGUUGAUCGUCAGCGUGCUGGCCUGUAUCAGGAUGUACAGCCGUUACCGCAGGGCUCGGCCGCUCACACGCGAGGUACUGGCCAGAGACCCGUACUCCCUUCGUGGUGUCCGCAAACUCAUUGACGGUUGCGCCUUCCGCAUCUAUGGGCAUUGGGUGAAGAAAGGGGAACAGCAGAACCGAGCCGCCCUCUUUCAGAACACAGCUAAGAUCAUGCUGCUUGGCCUGGAGGACUUUGAAGCAUAA